UCAUGCAGGGAUCUGCAAAACUUCUGUACUGGCCAGCGCAGCUCCUGGAACGUUCUAGUACGGACUCUCGCACAAUGGAAGUCAGAUUCCUACAUGAGAUGCAAACGCUCAGAAAACUGCACUGAAGAGGAAUGUUGGGGGAGGGGGGAUGCAGAAGACGAGGCAAAACCUCAUUUACUAACUUCCUCAGAACAGAAAAGGACUUUACAGUGAUGGAUGAGUUAGACGAGACUCAGCUGAAGGACAUGGUGGAAAGUCUGAAACAGCAGCUGGAGUUACCAAGAGAGAAAACGUCUGUGUCGAUCCCUGACCUGGCGAAAUGGAUCGAGGAGAAAAUGCCUGAGGAUCCGUUUCUGAAUCCCGAGCUGCUAAAAAACAGUCCGUGGGUGGAAUCUGGAAAAUGUGUGGUUGUCUAGAAAAAAAGCUGGAAUUUCUUUUUUCUGUCGAUAGCAUUGUAACUAAAUCAUGUUGUGAAGUGAAGCUUUAUAUCUGAUUUAUCUUUCUGUAAAGAAAACAUCUAGAAAGACACCAUAACCACAAGUAUGGAUAAUGAAUUUUUUUUUUUUUAAAGUUUAAUUUAUUUAUUAAGCAUAUUUUCUGGAGUUUCCCCUCACAGCAGUUCUCUAAUGUAGACGUUUCUCCGCACUGCGUUAGAAACUCCUUCGUUAAAGCGGAACCAGACGUCACUGUUUCCUACAGCUUUACCCAGCUGGGAGCUGCUUGACUUUCCGUCUUCAUCUAGAAAAAGAUGAGAAUGGGGUGUUAAAUGGAGGAAUUGGGGGGGAGUGUACAACAUCUUUUCUUUAAAGAACAUGUAACCUGUUGCUGGGUUAGCAGCCAGUUUCUCUUUAGGGACAACGGCUCGGCCGAAGAAAUCCAUUUCAGGCUGUAAAACAAAGAUGGUACCACUUUUAUCUAUCACAUCAUCUCUAUACAGGUACAUCACUAUCCUACAUAGUGUCCAUUCUUGGUGGAGAUGCAUAUAAAUUAAACUUUUUUUGGUAAAAUGUAAACUAAAUUUUGUGCUAGUUACGUUAAAAAAACACUUCUGAUUUGUAUAGUCUUGUUGGAAAAUGAUCAUGUCAUAAGAGGAAUAAAACAGUGGGAUGUUCUGAA